AUGCUGUGCCACCCUGAGAACAGGGGAAGAAGCCUCAUAAACCCUUUCAAUGCCCACUGCAAGGGAGCAGAGAUCCUUGACUCAGGGCUGAAGGCUGACCUUCUCCCACCAAACUCCCUGGCUAUAGAAAUAUCUCGAGAUGUUGCCAAAAAAGAUAGUCAACUUGGUGCAAACAAAAGAAUGGUGGAUGAAGCAGGUGGCCUUCUUGCUUCAGUUCGAGGCGAUGAAAGGUUCCUGACUUUAGCAAAUUCCCAUUUUGUACAAUGGGCAAAAGCCAUGGAGCUUGGAUGCAAGAAGCCAGAUGGCUCCCAGAUGGUUCUGAGCGUUGACAUGAAACCUUUGCUCACUGAAGGUUGGCAGUGGCAGGUGAUCAGCCAUGAAGCUGAACAGAUUUGGCCAACUCUGCCUGGCUUCGCAUCCAUGGCCAUGAACAGCCACAAUACAAACCAAAUUGCCAGCAAUGAACUUGAAUGCAUGCUGCAGCUGGCUGCCUUGUAUGAAGAAGGCUUGAAGCUUGAUGAUGCCGUUCUGGCAGCUCAACAUGCAGCCCCAAGUUGCAAGACAGCAGGCCAUAGCCUUUUGAUUGGUGAAGAAAUGAUGAACCUCCUGGCACAUUAUGAUUUUCGCCUUCCUGGACAGGCCAUGGUCAUGACAAGGGUGGCUUUAGCAGCUUGCAUUUUGACAUCAAAGAAAUCACAGGAUGGCAUCUCCAAGUUGCUGUUCAAGAGCGACUUUGACAAAUUGAAAUCCAAGACAUCCACAAGAAGGCUUGAUGAAGUUCUGACUGACCUUUGGGCACAGGCCCAGGGAACAAGUGACAUCAAGUGGGGAUACCAGUGCUUUGGGCAAGCAUGUGUGAGGAUGGUGAUCCACAUCCUUGGAAAGGAAAGGCUUGCAAAGCAAGAUACUUUCGAGUCUUGUUCCAAAAUUGUGGAGCUUUUCCAGCAGGAGCUCACAAACCCAAAGCAACCAGUGCAAUCAGCUGCAGCUGCUUCCUCUACCACUGCUUCACCAGACCAGCCUGUGAAGGAUCUGGUCAGCUGUUCUGCAGAAGACCUUGCAUUACUCCAGAACCAGCACAUAUUGGUUGGCCACAGGUAUUGCCACCCUGACCAUCCUGACCAGAUCUUUUUGCUGAAGAGCAUUGAUGGCAGUGGUGCCAAGUUUGAGCAUCUACCAAUAUUUGGGCCUGCUGUCCAGCAUUGUGAAGACCUCUCAUCCUUGAGAGGAUGGAAGAUUACAAAAAAGGAAAUGACUCAGCUUCUCCCCACCAGCCUUUGCAAAGAAAGGCUGCCACAAAAUUCAGCCAUGGUGCAGGCUGAAGCUGACAGGAUGUCAGUGAACUCUUUGUUGAUGGAAGCAUUCCACCAGAACAAGGCAGAUGAGAACCUAUUGGGGUUCACCUGUCAUCCCACCAACUGUGUGCUGCUGAAGAAAGUGAAAAAGAAGGAGCUGAAACUAUAUCCCUUGGGAACUUGUAGUCCAGUGGCACCACUUGAUGAAAAGAAGGUCUUGGAGAAGGGAAAGGCAGUUUUGGUGUGGUGGAAAAACAAGCCAUACACUGUGCAGCCAUACAAGGCCCUGAGCAAUUUCAAAGAGCCUGAGCGUGACAAGGGGAUUCUAUGCCCAUUCUUCUGGGUCAAGGCAUCAGAUGAUGAGGAAGCCAUCAACAUGACCUUUGGUUGGGUGGACUACAAACACCUCAAGAUUCCUGUGCUCGAAAAUCAAGAGCCCAUCAAAGCAGAGACUGUGCUGUGUAAGUCUUCAGUGGCUGUACUGGAGCCUCCAACCAGUGAGCCCAAUGCCAAAAAGGCAAAGGUAUCUUGA